GAUUCAGAGGAAUCGCACCAUUUUAAUUACGUAUUACAUAUCAUCCAUUUUAUCAGAAAACUAAAGAAUCAACAAGAGAAGACGGUCAAGAGAAGAGUUGGAAACUGUGCUUUCGUGUGGGUUUGAAUAAUUAUUUAUCGGAAUUGUUUUUGGUUCAUUUUAGGCGUUAAUUUUUUCACGUUUGAUCGUUCAACUCUUUUCCUCGCAUAAUUUUAUCUCGCGUCGAAAUCGAUUCGGUGUUUAGUUCGAAAAGUGAUUUCAAAGUUGACCUGUGAACUCCAUAGUUGUUGAUGUUGGGCAUAACAUAUUCGUAAUCAUUAACGGGAAAUAAAAGUACAUUCGUAAUGUAUGGUAAUGGCUGAUUGUCCGUACAACAAGAUAGCAGUCAUGCAAUUAUUUUACGAAUUGAAGCAAAAAUUUCCUACCAUUCCGGAUCAAGUAGUGACAGACUUUAUGCAUCAGGUGGCGUACAACCGAGAAGAAUGCGAAAGAAAAUUAAUUAAGGAAUAUCAACGUUAUCAGCUGCAUAGUUACCCGAUUGGCAUCGUUGAUAAAAUGACGGAAGGAAACAAAGAACGUCCUAAAACGUUAUCGCUGCAAAGUGUCGUUGAUACGACUCCGACGUCGACAUUUCGGCGAUAUUCGCGAGACGGUCGUGUUCGCGAAGCGGUCUCAAUCGAAGAAGUGGAAUCCGGUUCGCGAGCGUCGGACGCGGAUAAAAACUACGAUAUGGAUUUGCGGCGCGAUUCGUCGAUUCGUGAAAAUGAAGGUGCGAAAUGCGCGAGUUACGAGAAAGGUGAAGGUGAUCGCGACGUAGUCGAUGUUAGCGAAUCGGUGAAAAAUAUCGAGAUAUCGAGUAACCAGUCGGAUGUGUUUGUUAGUGAUCUCAAGUUACGUUUCGAAAAUGAUAAUUGCGGCUGCGAAAGAACUAGUUUACGUGUUCGGUAUAAGAAAAAUGGCGGCGGUGCUUCGCAUUCGGCGCCUACGACGCCUUCCUCUUUCCAGAAGUGUAUCGCGAGCGAAAACGACGCGCGGAAACAUCGUUCAUCGUUGACGGUAGAUCGUUCGGUCGCUUCGCCGAGUUCCGAAAUCAAAAGACCGUUUACGUCAGUCAAUCUUACCCUGCGACCGCCGUGUUCGGAACGACAACCGGCGCCGAUCAAUAUCCUAACCAAGGGAUCCAAUUUGACCUAUUCUGCGUGCAGCUAUAAUUCCAAACAAGGCUACCAAAAUCAGCUGCAAAUCAGUAUAAGCGAAGAAGGCAAUACUACGCUGUCAGCGUCUCGUACGAAGGCACCUUCGCCUAAGGCCAUUCCAACCAUCGAACCUCAAGUCGAAUGUGAUACAGAAGUUGAUGAUACGUGUUCCAGUAUCGUGCCGGGGUUCAUUCAACCCUUAUCGUCCACUACUGAAAUAAGACUGCAAGAACAGAUUAAACGCAAGAAUAUUCUGAAACGGGAACUGGAUCGAGAUAAAUUGAAACUUCACCGGAUGCGUCAAGAUAUCGAAACUUUAGAGAUAGACUUGCAAAAUAGAAGAAAAGUUCCGGUCGUUUCGAAAGAAAUCUUAGCUUUAAGAGCGGAAGUUCGUACUUUACAAAUGGCCUGUGCUCAAAUCAAUGAUCAAAUAGAUAUGGCCGAACAACCCUGCAACAUGUAUUUACCUGCUGCUGUCGAUAAUGGUAAUUGGACAUGUCUUAUGUGUACGUUCAAGAAUCAUCCGAUGUUACCAAAAUGUGAGCAAUGUGAUAUGGCCAAAGCCGAGUUCAGUUUAUUACCGAAUAUUAUCAGACCACAUACAGCUUCACCACAGUUACCAGCCAUACAUCCUCGCGUGUAGAUAGACUAGAAAAAUUCGUGUGGUUAUGGUUUUUUACUUUGUUUUCACGAUGUUUUAACCAAGAAUUGAAUGGUUACAUUGCCGGUUGAAUCGUUCACGUGAAUUGUAUCAAGAGUCAAGACGACGCGACGGUUCGGAUUCGAAGCUGUACAGAUGAAGAUUGGUUAAAAUUUGAAGACUUCGUAUAUCUUUUACAUUCCUCGAUAUUUAUUAACCGUUUUGUUGUUAGUCGUGUCACGAGAUAAUGUCAACACUAGGGUUUCGAUUUCGAAACGGGUGAAAGUUAUAUAAAAUUAUUUUUUCGAAAGGUAGUUAUGUGUAUGGCGCAAUAUUAAACAUUAAGUUCCUAUUGUAAAUUUUUUUCGUUUUGUUUCAUUUUUUUUUCUUUUUUUGUUAUUGCGUAUUGUUAAAGUUGGGGUUAUUUUACCUGUUUCACGCGAAGGUAGUUUUAUUUUGAAUUCGAAGAAAAUUAUUUUGAUUAAUGAAUAAUAGAUGAUUUUAUUCAAAAGAGCUUUUAAUGUUUCAUGUCUUUCAUAAUGUUCUCAUUUACCGAAAACUUUUCCAAAGCAAUAAUUAGGUAUUCACAUUUACGUGCCUAAUAAAUGGAGUAUGAUUGAAAAGUACAAUCGUACGAUAUUGUUGAAAAACGAAUUAUUUAUUUAGACGAAACUCUAUUUAAAAUAAUGAUUUGAUCGUUUCGAUAAUAGAAAAAAUUGUCUUCCUAGACGAGCUUUAUUCUGAAUCCGGUAUUUAAGGAUACACUUUCAUUUUUAUAAGUAUUUUAUUAUUGUAUAAUGAACUUAUUGAAUUUAUUAUAUGACCGAUGUGAAGUUGUCGGUUUUUUUGUGUUGUUCUUACUUGAUAUUUUAUUCAAAGAAUUAAAUAAAAUUGUAUAAUUUUAUUGAAAAUUUAA